CGAGCCGAGCACGCGCGCGCGGCUCUGCGCUCUCUGCGUGCGACAGAUGGCGUGGCAGUGACUCCUCACUCGGGGCUGAAAUUUGAAAACGGGAAGAAAUUUGGUUUUCAUUUUACAAUGGGAGCCGAAGAGAGCGAAAAUGGAGAAAACUCAGCCAACUCGCAGACUGAGACGCUGAUCAACCAGCUGAAGGAGAUCACCGGCAUCCAGGAUCCACAGAUUCUCUGCAGAGCGUUAAAAGCCAGUCGAGGUGACAUCGGACAUGCUGUCGGACUGCUGACAAGUCAGCCGGUGGAGGUUCAGAAUGCUGGAGAACCACAAAAGUCCGGCAUUCCCGUGGAGGCCUGGGACGGACAGAAGGCCGUACACGAUGAGCUCCAAACGGCCAUCGAGCUGAGCCUGCAGGAGUCCCACAAGGCCCAGGAAGAGGAGAGAGAGUUCCAUCGGGCUCUGGAGGCGAGCGCCGAGGAGAACUCGGCAAGGAGCAAGAGGAAGAGAUGCGAGGCGGCCCAGAGCGACAUGAGCAGCCCCGCGGACUGGAUCCGCAAGGACGACUGGCCCGUGGGCAUUCGCAACGUGGGCAACACCUGCUGGUUCAGCGCCGUCAUUCAGUCACUGUUCCACCUGCCCGUCUUUAAAAGGCUCGUACUCGACUACCGUCUGUCAGAGCAAAUCCUGGACAGGUGUAAGAGCCACGCCGACAAGAGGAACAUCGCCUUCAUGCAGGAGUUGCGCUGCCUCUUCGCCCUCAUGGUGGGCUCCACGCGCAGGUUCGUCGACCCCUCGGCUGCCGUGGAGCUUCUGCGAGAGGCUUUUCGCACCAGCGAGGCCCAGCAGGAUGUGAGCGAGUUCUCCCAUAAGCUCCUCGACUGGUUAGAAGACGCCUUUCAGCUGGCCGCCAAUGGAGACAGCGCAACAGACAAACAAAACAACCCCAUGGUGCAACUUUUCUAUGGCACCUUUGUUACCGAGCGCAAGCACGAGGGUACAGUUUUAUGUAACAUUGAGCAGUUUGGCCAGUACCCUUUGCAAGUGAACGGCUUCAACAACCUGGACGAAUGCCUGGAAGGUGCCAUGGUGGAGAGGGACAUCGAGUCGCUCCAUGCGGAACGCAGCGCGCCAUCUGGUCGAGAGAGAUGGUUCAAAAAGUUGCCACCUGUGCUGACGUUUGAACUGUCCAGAUUUGAGUUCAACACGCAGCUCGGCCGUCCCGAGAAGAUACACAAGAAACUUGAGUUUCCACAAAUCAUCUACAUGGACAGAUAUCUUCACAAAAACCUGACGUGUGCACAUGAGAGGAGAGGAGAAGUGAAAAAACUGAGGGAGCAGCUCGCAGCUCUUCAACAGAAACUGGAAUGCUAUAAAAACUACGGCUCGGGACCCAACAAGUACCCUCUGGCCGACAUGCUGCAGUUUGUGUUGGAGUUCACUUCCAGCAAGCCCUCCGCCGUUUCCCCCGCCGAAGAUGCCCAAGCGCUUUCUUCGUCACACGCUCCUCCUUGCCCUGCGCUCAGCGAGAACGCCAGCCAAGAGGACAGUCAGGCGGCCGGUGCAGAGUCGGCGGAGGGCCUGACGUCCAGUUGCCAGCGUACGCCCAUAUACAAGCCCUUCACCCAGUGCCGACACUCAGCCGACUGCUCACCCCACCCCACCCCCCACAGCAUCACCGAGGAGGAGCUGCACUUUGUUACGGGCUGCCUCCAGCGAUGGAGGACGGAAGUGGAGAGCGACAUCAACGAGCUGAAGGAAAACAUUGACAGACUCAGUCAGACGCUGGAGGGCAUGUACUCAGACAACAGCCUCUGCCAGGCACCCUACAGACUCCACGCAGUCCUGGUCCACGAGGGCCAGGCCUCAGCGGGCCACUAUUGGGCGUACAUCUACGACCACGCCAACCGGCGCUGGAUGAAGUACAAUGACAUCAAUAUCACGGAGUCCUCGUGGGAGGAGCUAGAGCGGGACUCUUUUGGCGGCAUGACCAACGCCAGCGCCUACUGUCUGAUGUACAUUGAUGACAGGCUGCCUCAUCUUAUUACUGAACACACAGAUAACGAGACCGGCCAAGUUCUGCACGGCAUGGACUCGCUGCCACCCGUCCUGAGACGCUACGUGCACCAAGACAACCAGUGGUUCCAGCAGGAGCUCAGCGAGUGGGAGGAGCAACUCCGCCAGGCAGCGGUGGCGGCGGCGCCUCAAGGCGAGUCCAUGCUUUCCCCCGUCGAGCCCCCCGGCGCCGCCCCCGACCACGACCCUCAGCCCUCGGCUGCCGUCGAGCCGCUGCCCGAGCAGACCGAGGAGCCAGCCCGGGAAGCUGCUGCUUCACCUCCGCAAGCGGAAGCCCAGAGUGACCCAGAGCCAGAAGCUGCAGGCCCAGUUGAAGAAUCCGACGUAGCAGCCGCCCCUCAGAGUUCUGACUGCCAGACAGAUGACAGCGAGCCCGACAACAGCGACACCCCAGGACCCGACCUGUGCGCCGCCACAGCUGAGGAGCCUCAAAGUCAGACGCCUUCUCCCGACGUCGAGCUCGGCGGUAACCCCGCGGCAUCAGAACUCUCGGUGAAGAAGGAAGACACAAAAGUGGAGGAGGAGGAGGAGGAAGGAGAGGAUGUCGCAGAAACGAACGGAGGUGACGCCGAGGCGUCCUCGGAGGAAGCUCCUGAGCGCGAAGCGGAUCGGGGGAACGAGGAGCAGCGGGAGCAGCAGGUUCCCACCAGACGGCGACAGGCCGAGAACGAGGUGUCCGAGGUGGAGAUCCCCAACGUGGGCAGGAUCAUGGUGAGGGCGGACGCUGAUGGAUACAAUGAAGAAAUGAUGUUGACCCCAGCCAUGCAGGGCAUCAUUCUCGCCAUCGCAAAGGCCAGACGAGCAUUCGACGCCGAGGGCCCUGAGGCUGGACUCAUCAAGGCCUUCCACGAGGAGUACUCGCGUUUGUACGAGCUCUCCCAGGAGGAGACCACGCCGCGGGAGGACGCCCGCCUCCACCACGCUCUGGUUUACUUCUUCCAGAACAAAGCGCCCAAACGCGUCAUCGAGAGGACGCUGCUCGAGCAGUUCACUGAUCGCAACCUCAGCUUCGAUGAGAGAGCCAUCAGUAUCAUGCGGGAAGCCCGAGCCAAGCUGCGCCUCAUCAAGCCAGAAGACAUGGACAUGGAUGAGUACCUGCAGUGGCACGACGACUACAGAACGUUCCGGACCGUCUUCGUCUACCUGCUGACCGGACUGGAACACUACCAGCACGGCAAGAUGCGGGAGGCUCUGACCUACCUUGCUCACGCCUACGACGCCAACGCCGCCCUAUUGACUCGCGGAGAAAAACGCGGCGUAGACACGUCUUUAAUUGCACUCUACCGAAGAAAGUGUCUCACGACCCUGAACGAAAGCGCAACGCGGCUCUUCGCCAGCGGCGACGAGAACAAGGUGGAGGAGAGUGUGGCCAUCAUGGACGAAGCGGUCAUCCCUUGCCUGCAUCUGAUGAGCCGGGAGAUGCCGCCAUCGCAGGAGGACCGCGACACCAUGGAGAGCAUCCGCAGUCAGUGGUGCUGCUGUCUGGGACAGGACAUGGACGACUCGCUGCAGAUGAAACUGGGCGAAUUCCUGCCACGGGUCCUGGACUGUUCGGCCGAGACGGUGGUCCUUAAAGACCCCCCCAAAGUCCACGUGAACCAGGCCCACGACCUCUGCAGCCGCCUGGCCGCCGUCAUGGAGUCCAUCCACAACACCACCGUGGUCGCCGUCAAGUAACGUCGCUAAAUUGACUUUUAAUCCUCGCUACAUGGCCGACAGACUCCCGGCCCGGUUGAGACUUGUGUGUCAUUUCCUGUAAAAUGUGUCGCUAGCCUUGUAAGCAUUAGCGAGCAGCCGUUUUGGCAUGAAAAAGCGCACAGGCUGGGUGGAUAAUGAAGACUUGAUCGAUUGUCUACAAAAAUUGAUUGUUGAUUCAUCAUGUCUUGAGGCACCGAAUCACUCGUUAAUUUUCCUGAUUAAUCGAUGGAGGAAAUGUGGCGAAGCGCAAGCCGUUCCUUUUCAGAACUACGGGAAGUGACACGUGAGUGCGAUGACACGGACGCACGACAGCAACACAUUUGUACUCGGACAAAUAUUGCUGACCUGCAUUUGUUUUUCUAAAUAUGUAUUUUGUAUUUUUACUUUGUAAGAGACUUUGGGUAAGUCACAUUAUGUAGUUGAAAUAACGAAAGUCAACAGUGCUACUGUGAGAUGUGAUUAGAGGAAAGUGCAAUAGAGGAAUUAGUGAGAGGUCCAUUUCUUUAGCAUUUUGGGGUUUACAUCGACCCUUACGGGGCAAACCGUGAACCUUGUCACUGGAUGUAAAAAGCGAAAUGUGUUGGGGGGCAUGUUGAUGACAUGAGAGCUUCACCAUUUGGGGUAUUUUGAAGUGCAUUUCAUAUGCCACCGAUACCACCGUUGCCUCUUGGCUCAUCCUCAAUGUUUGAAAUGUUGUGUUCUCUGCUUUGCAAAUUAUUUCACACCAGCUCUUUACAUACAGUGGAUCGAAAAACUCUACACACCCCUGUUCAAAUACCAGGCUUUUGGGUCAAAUAAAAAAAGACCACGAUAAAUCAUUUCAAAA